AUGCUGACCCUCACUGCCGGCCGAAUCCGCUUGGGUGCCGUCAACGAGCAGGCCAGAACUUCGGAGCAACGGCACGAGGAUGAACUUAAAGCUGCUGAGGCCAAACAUGCUGAACAGCUAGCAGUGGUGGUUGAGGAAAAGGCCCAACUGGCUAAGGAGUUGGAGGAGAAGCAGAGGUCUCUGGAGAAAGUUCGCGAGCAGAGGGACCAAUUCAAGGAGUUCAACCGCUUUAACUUCCGGGCGGCCCAACAGCUCGAGGUGGACUUGGUCGCGAGCAGGCAGGAGACCACUACUCUGGAGGGCCAGAUUGAGGAGUUGGAGAAAGCCAACACCAGCAAUUUGGAGAGGUACAAGAGUGCCACUCUUUGA